GUACAACUAACUUGACUAUUACAACCGUUGGCUAAAUUAACCUAGUCACUUAUUACCAAUCAACUAGUGAUAUCGUCAGCUACAGCGACGGAGUUUCUCGAAAUCAACCCCCGUUAAUCCAGUUGGACUGAGCAUGAAUUGUUCGCGGAGGAAAACUGAUCAUCGACAUUAUCAUGAACUCGUGAUGACGUGUUCUAACCGUUCCCUUGUAUCGGAAAUGUUGACUGAAGUCAUGCAUAUACAGAAGACAACAACCAAACAAGUCUUCUAUUUUAAUCCCUUUAUUGGAAUGGUUCUGUUCUAUCUCUGCGAACCAGCAAUCCCUUCUUUCAGAGUUGACAGGAAUCAGGCAACACAGUCAUUCUGUCUAUCACCUGUGAGCCCUACCAAUCAAGUCUUCGAAACAGAUCUUGGAUAUAUCCUUUAGGUGGAACUGCCGCUAUGGCCACAUGGCAACUAGGACACAUUACGAGCAGAACAAUACGUUCAUACUGAUAUAUUCUCAUCUGAAUAAUCCACAUGGCAUUAGGAUCGUUUUACGUUUACUACGAGGUA